AGCAUUUUCGGUUUUUGCCUACGAGAAGGAAAGGGAAGUUAUUCUUGUAAUCGGGAAGGAAUAAGAGGAUCUUAUCCAUCACAUAUCAUGAAAAACUCUACCAAGUGUUGUAUUAACUGUAUCAUAACAUGCUUGUCGCCAGUAAGGGCGGAAGAUUCAAACAAAGGUGGAUGGUGCUGGAAAGAGUACGCCACUGCUGGCUUAGGAGGUGUAGCAGCAGUAGUUGGAGCCCCUAUUGUUCUUUCUGUCACAGGAUUUACAGCUACAGGUGUUGCUGCCGGUUCCAUUGCUGCUGGCAUCCAGUCUGCAGUUUAUGGGGGAGCUGUGGCUUCAGGCAGCAUAUUUGCAGGACUUCAAAGUGCUGGUGCAGCCGGCAUGGGAGCCAAGGCAACUAUGGCUCUCUUUUCUUCGGGAGCUGCAGUGACCACCUAUAUCAAGAAUAAGGUUGCUCCAUGAGCAGAGGGAUCAAAAUGUUCUUCAGACCCCCCCCCCCCAUGAGUAAUUUGUACAAUUGAAUGACUUUCAUGUAUUAGGAACAUUUGUAAUUGAUUGCACAUAGCUAUAGGUGCAUAAAAUUACAUCAGUGUUUUUUAGGAAAUCAAAUACUGUGUACAUAAGUAUGUAAUAAUAACAUGUUUCUUUUUUGGGCUGGUUUUUCUGCGGUCAGAAAUAUCUUAAAACAUCAGCAGGGCUAUUCAAAACCAAAAUGUAAUUUGAGGCAUCACAAUUUCAAAAAGUAUGUAAAAGUAAACACAUUCCAUGCAGUCUGCUAAAGCUGAAUGAAGGAAAUUGAAGAUAUAAUUAGUUUUUCACAAACAGUUCUCCAGUUUCCUACUGUGUUAUAGAGAGGACUCCUAGAGAAUAUAUGUGGAUGAAAUACUUCACAGAGCAGAUGUUUUCAUAAAAAGGAUGCCAAUUUUCUUGAUGAGGAGAGAAAAUUAAUAAAACAGUUUUUGAGCUAAGAUAGACAGGGUUUGUUUUACUUAGUCUGAGGUUAAUUUGGUGAUCAUUACAUUGAUUCACUUUUUUGUUGGCAUACCAUUAGUUUAAGUUCCAAGACAAUAAAGUUAGGCUCCUUAAAAAAACUAUUGAAAAAAUAAAUGCAAAAAUGAGAUGUGUCCACAUAUACAGUGGACUGGCACGAUUCUUUCAUUACAAAACCAAAAAUUGAAACAUGGCAAUUAUCCUACCAAGUAAGCUUGACCAAGAAGGGCUCCAUUGCAUGGUAAUUUUACACUAAUGAUUUGCAAAUUAAGUUCACAAAUCAUCACAGUUUUCUUUCUUUUGACUUUCUCUUUCUGGUCCUGGCUUUGUCUUGUCAUUUUUUCUCCUUUUGAAUGUUUUACAAUGAGAAGUUAACCCUUUCAUCACAGAGUUGGGUUGAAAUGGGGUUUGGUUGUUCAGCAUGUAAAAUACAGUUGUGUGCUUGGUUGCCAAGCCUUUUAACAGGAGUGAGGCUAAGGGUGACCAUGUUAUGUUACAAACCUUGCUGCUUUCCAAAUGUAAAUUGUCCUGUUAUUAUACUAACUAGAUAUUGGUCUCUAUCACAACAAGCUCACUUUCAGCCUCACUCCAAAUCAAAGGCUUUGCAACUAAGUACACGACUGUGAAGUGGCCCAUUGAGCACCAUGACGAAAACAAUGAGACGAACAAAUUAUGAUUGAUUUGGCAAUCGGAGUCAAGUGGUUACACAAUAUUUGCCACACAAGAUACGUCAACGUCGAACUGCAUCAGCCUUCUGUUUCAAUUUUUAGCAAUCAUCAAGUGUUACUUUUGAAUAAAAAAAUAGACUGCGAGAGGAAUAUCAAUGUAUCCAGUGAUUGUGUGCGAGAAUUGAGUAAAGAGGGAGAAUUUAAGUCAGUUUUACGUGACAUGCAUGUAUGAGUUUUCUGAGUGUACCGAAUAGGGUGCGCCAAACAAGUCAACAUUCCCACUGUAUUUCUGUGACCCAGUUUACUCUAUAUAUGGUCAACUCGACUAUUUAUAUGAUUAACUUUUUACUUUUUAUUUGGUCAGUUAAACUUUUUAUAUGGUCAGCUCGACUUUUCAUAUGAUAAACUUUUUACUUUUUGUAUGGUCAGUCGAACUUUAUUCAUGGCCAACUCGACCUUAGAUAUGAUUA